GACUAUCUGUCUCAAAAAGUUGUUUGAUUCAUAUAUGAUAGAAUGUCACAAUGAAAUAAAAUUGAAUGAACUUUGACUAAUAAUUACAUACAAGUAGAGGAAUAACAACUUUGUGCCUGAGCAUUGGGCCAAUCUCAAACUUUUAGGAUUUUUGUUUGGGUCUCAGAAACAAUGAGUAAAAUGCAUGAAAGGAUAAAAAAACAUCAAAUUUCUUAUGAAAUUGCUCCCAUUUUUUCCCAUGGUAACAAAGGCUAUCAGUAUUCUAUGAAAGUCUGCACCUUAAUUCUAUCAUGACCCAACCUUGUGUUUGUAGACCUAUCAUAUAUAUCCUAACUGAAACCUUUUCAAUGGACAAAUUUUUUCAACCCCAAGCAUAUGUAUUAGGUCCAGAGGCUUGUAGAGUUGUUUCUGGUUGAGGAUGACCCCAGCACAAACUAUUAUAAACAGACUAACUCCGAACUUGAUCAGACAAAGAGUCGAUGAUCAGAUACUACCAAAGUAUGGAUAUAGAGUUUCUUUAAUCAGAUUAUUGUUGAUAACGAGCAUUGAUACUGGAAUGUACCUUGCAGCAAAAAGUAUGUUCUGGACUCCAUUCGUGAUUGCAUUUUUGAUUUAUAAAUGGCAUAUGAGACAUUUGUCAAUGUAUGACACCAUUGAAGAAUUUCUACAAAGUCAAAAUAACCUCAUGCCAAUAAGGUACUCUUAUUCAGAAAUUUGUAAGAUGACCAAAAGUUUCAAGGAAGAAUUAGGUGAAGGAGGCUUUGGUACUGUAUUUAAAGGAACACUUCGAAGUGGUCAAAUUGUAGCUGUAAAGAUGUUAAGUAAAUCCAAUGCUAAUGGUCAGGAUUUUAUCAACGAGGUUGCAACAAUUGGAAGGAUUCACCAUGUUAAUGUAGUGAAACUCAUUGGUUUUUGUGUUGAAAGAUCAAAGCGGGCUCUUUUAUACGAGUUCAUGUCUAAUGGGUCUCUCAAUAAAUAUAUUUUUUCACAAGGAAGUAUCCUCCUGAGCUAUGAGAAAAUACUUGAUGUUGCUCUAGGAGUGGCUCGCGGGAUUGACUAUUUACAUCGAGGUUGUGAUAUGCAGAUCUUGCAUUUUGAUAUCAAGCCUCACAACAUUCUCUUAGAUGAGAAUUUUACGCCCAAAGUUUCUGAUUUUGGCCUUGCAAAAUUGUAUCCAGCAGAUGACAACAUUGUUUCUUUGACUUCUGCAAGAGGGACAUUAGGAUACAUGGCUCCUGAGUUGUACUACAAAAACAUUGGAGGCAUUUCAUACAAAGCUGAUGUUUAUAGUUUUGGAAUGUUAUUGAUGGAAAUGGCUAGUAGAAGAAAGAACUUGAAUACUUUUGCAGAGCAUUCAAGUCAAACUUACUUCCCUACUUGGGCUUAUGAUCAGUUCUGCAAUGGAAAGGAUGUAGAACUGGAAGGUACCAAGGAAGAGGACAAAAAAAUAGGCAAAAACAUGAUCAUAGUUGCAUUAUGGUGUAUACAGAUGAAUCCUAAUACUCGUCCUUCUAUGACUAAAGUGGUAGAAAUGCUUGAAGGAGAAGUUGACUGCUUACAAAUGCCUUCCAAGCCUUUCUUAUCAUCAUCAUCAGCAUCAUCAUCAUCAUCAUAUAAACAAGUAGAUAUUGAGGACAGUUCAACCCAAACACGGUCAUCAAUCCGAUCAAGUGAAUCAAGUGCCUUCAAUCAAGCAUAGAUGCCAGAUUAAUUGACUCACUCGUACUUGACAAAUGGAUUGAAUCUUGGGUUGAGAAAUGACAAGAACUCCUCUAUACAAUUGGAAAUGGAGACGUUCAUUGGGCUGAUAUAGAGUUUUGAGAGUAAAUAGUGCUGAUAUCUGUGUCGAUGAUUAUGCUUUUGGAAAUAUAUUCAGAGAGAUUAAUCAAGCAGUAAAUUUCUUACCCCUUAGCCAAAUUGGGAGAUUGAAGUGGUGCUACUGGUGACUAUGUCACUUGGCUGGAUCUUCCCAGAGAGCAAUGGAUUAUUGAUAGUGAUUGAGAGAGCAUGUUUGCCUUGUAUUAGAUGUAAAUGAGUUAUGUUUUCUUUAGGGUGGGGAGGUUCUUUCUUUCCUGAAUAUUCGCUGUACUGCGGCUUUACUCCCUUCCCUAAAUUGAGAGAGCAUGUUUGCCUGUAUUAAUUUCUUACACAAGUUUAUGUAUUGGCUUGAUCACCAGUACUCUUUUGGAGUU